AUGCUCUUCAAACUCGUGUUCAUCGCAUUGUUGUUCGCCAGCUCCUAUGGAGCAUCCAUGGAGGAAAUCCAAUCGGAGAAGUUCUGUGAGAAAUUCCCAACUCUUCACAUGUGUCGUCUCAAGGAAGAGUUGACUGGAAGCUUGGUCGAGUUGCAGUACUUGUUGCAAGAUGGAAUCAACGUCGGAGGUCAACAACAAGCCGGAGGAGUUCAGGAGGUCCAGAAGAGAAAGAGCGCCUUUGUUCGCUUUGGAAAGAGAUCCGCCUCAGAUGAGGAGGGAAUGGAAAUGGAAAAACGCAAGUCGGCAUUCGUCCGUUUUGGGCGAUCUAUCGGAAUGGAACCUCAAUUCACCGAAAAGAGAAAGAGCCAAUACAUCAGAUUCGGAAAAUAA